UUCGAACGUGCAACGUUCUUUUACACAGCUGGAAGCCAUGAGUACUGAUGUGCCACGCUUCAUUCAGUACUAGAAGGAGUUCAGUGAGUCCGUUGCAGUAGUGGGAUGAUGUAGUCAUGAUGGCUCAAGGCUUUGCGUCACAAAUAAGAUUCAAAAUGUGUUCAAAUCCCAGCACUUUAAAUGGUUUGCUCCAAAUCUCCACUCUUCUCCCGACUCGAGCAUCCAGCCAGUAACUUGAAAAAGCGAUAAGCACCAUGCUGUGGAAAUCCAGGUCUAAAACAGAUCCCUACUGUGCACAGGAGCGCUCGGAUGGGCUCUCGGGCUCCUCACCGAGACUGUCUCAGCUCUGCUCCCUGAAUCAGACGGCUUACUCCGCGGCUCCUCCGCUGUGCCACACUCCAGCCUCGGACUUCCAGCCGCCCUACUUCCCUCCUCCGUAUCCGCAGGCGUCGCUCUCCUACUCGCAGGCUCAGGACUCGGGAUACCCGCACCUGGCAGACCCGUACCAGUCCAUCAGCUCCCUACAUCAACACCAGCAGGCCGCCUGGCACCCACCGCGGGGCCGCAACCCGGAGGAUGCGGGGGUCCUACAGCAGCAGCACCACCGCGCGCUGAGCCUCGAGCCCCGGCGUGAAUACGCCGGUGUUCCGCGGCUCCUGCACGCGCUCGGAGAGGGAGCAGGCGCGGGUGUGCUGGGAGACGCGUCGCUCGGUGUGCACGCGACUCAGCACGGCACUGAGGACAUGCAGGGUAUGGAGGAAGCGUCAUCCCUGGGAAUCUUGGAUCAUUCUGUUAUCAAGAAAGUUCCUAUCCCAUCCAAGCUGAAUGGCUCUUCUCUGUCUAUCCUGUCCUUCGGUAAGGACGGCUUGGGUCUCGGUGGUGUGUCCAACCCUGCAGAGGUCUUCUGCUCUGUGCCUGGACGCCUGUCCCUCCUUAGUUCUACCUCUAAGUACAAGGUGACAGUGGGAGAGGUCCAGAGAAGACUGUCUCCUCCUGAGUGUCUUAACGCCUCGCUGUUAGGAGGAGUGCUGCGGAGAGCAAAGUCAAAGAAUGGUGGCCGCUGUCUCCGUGAGCGUCUGGAGAAGAUCGGCCUAAACCUUCCUGCUGGCCGCCGCAAGGCAGCUAAUGUCACGCUCCUCACAGCACUAGUGGAAGGUGAGGCAGUCCACCUGGCACGGGAUUUCGGUUAUGUGUGUGAGACGGAAUUCCCAGCAAAGGCGACUGCAGAGUAUCUAUGUAGGCAGAGUGAUCCAGACCAGCUACCCACACGGCGAAGCAUGCUGCUGGCUACCAAGGAGAUCUGCAAAGAGUUUGUUGACCUCAUGUCCCAAGACAGGUCGCCACUGGGUGCGAGUCGGCCUACACCAUGCCUGGAGCCCGGGGUUCAAGGCAGCCUGACCCACUUCAGCCUGCUCACACACGGCUUUGGCACACCAGCCAUCUGUGCUGCCCUCUGUGCAUUCCAGAGCUACCUGCUGGAGGCCCUCAAACUGCUGGACAAAGCUGAGGGAGGUGGCAAAGGCCACCAGGAGAAAGACCUCAAACACUGCAAAUGAAGCAGUGAUGUACUGUAUAUCUGGCAACAUCUCAAAGACAGAGACUGAGCUCUUCCCCAGCCUUUAGGAGAGAUACAGAGUGUGUGUAUAUGUAUUUAUGUGUGUGGGUGUGUGUGCUUGAUAUCCAAAUCUGACUGAAUCAGCCGCUGGAUUUGUUCCAAUCUGAGAGAGUAAAUCAUAGCCUCUUACUUUUCUUUACUGUGGGGUGGACAUUCAGAACAGCCCCCUGUGCACUUGCCCUACACUUGCCCCCAUUGAAAACCGAUUCACAGGAACUGUGAAAGGCAGCUGGAGAUUGAAGCUCACAUUGCUGGUGGGAGGCUUUGCUGUAAAACAAUGCAAAUAGUUUUUUUGCUUUUUUUUUUUUACUCCCUACUGUAUGUUUAUUAACCAUGUUAUUAUUAAUAUUGUUGUUAUUAUUAUUCAUUCUUAAUGUAU